AUGAGUUGUGGCCCACAAAUCUGCAUCAGUUAUCGGAAAUCGAAAAAGCCAAGACUUAAUGACAGUAUCGACUUAAUGAGAAGUAGAGCAUUAUUGAAUACAUCGAGAAGAAUUCUUCAGAAGUCAGUGAACCAGUCAAAAAGUUCAGCGAGUUCUCUUCGUAACAAUAAUGCAUCAUUAGCAAAAAAGGUUUCUGAAUUACAAAUUGAGUUAAGUAGUCAAAGGGCAGCUGCACAUCAAGCAAAUAUUGAAUUAUUGAAAUAUCGUAUGGAAUUGAAUCGUCUUCAUGUGUAUGAACAAACUAGAGAGAAAGUCAAGGGUUUCAUUCUAAGUUUAUAUGAAUCGUUAUGUUCACACAUUGAAAUGGGUAUGUCAAUAACGAACUCUGUGAAAGAAUCACUAUCUCUGUUGGAUGCAACUGAUUCAUCUGAUGGUCAAAUUUCACAGCAAGUUCCAAGUGUAUUGGGAGAUACGACAGUGGACGUUGAUUUGCUUUCUCGAAAAGACUUCACAAAACGUUUGCACUUGGUGACAGAUCGAGAGGUCUGCCAAGAAAACACAAAUCUUUCUGCUCUCCAGUCAUCAUCAUACACCUUGGCAGCUAAUCCACUGAAUGAAGUGAAGAGUCCUGUUCAUGAUGAAAUUAGUAAGAAUUACUAUACUGAGAGACCAAAUUCGCAGGACGAACGGGUUGUUGAAAUAUCACCGAUUGCUGAGUCUCCUUCACCAGAGUGUUCAUUUCAUAAAGAUUCAAUUUUAGCCUCAUGUCAAGUUGGAGAACAGGUGUUACCUGAAGUUCUUGCAAAGAAUCCUACUGCAAACAAUGAACUAGUAACAAGAAAGACAGUCAAUACGAUCAGUACUGAUUUACACAGGGAUAUUCCUGUCUUUUCACCAAUACAAAGUUUUAGACGGUUGACAAGUUCACCUCAUAUUUUUGUGUCUAAAUCUCCUUUGGCUAACUUAGACAUUGGUAGUCAUGCAUCUGCUGCUGCUACUGUCACUCCCACUACUACUACUCCUACUACUCCUACUACAACUACCGGUAAUGGUAAAAGAGAUGAGAAUAAUAUUGACAGUGACCAUGAAAGUAGGUCUAAUCGACGACCACAUCUGAUAAGACAGGUUCGUUUGAAUGCGAAGCCCAUUAUCGAUACAUCAUCAUUUAUGGAGCCAGUUGUUAAGAAGAAGAAGAAGAAGAAAACUGUUAAACGUCGUCGUUUAAUUCGUACUGAUGAAAGUGAUGAUGAUGAUGAUGGUUGUGGUGGUGGUGGUGGUGGUGAAAAUGAACCGGGAGAGACUAGACGAGUUAUUGAAACAUGCUUUCGUCGACCUGGCCAGUAUGUGUUCAGAGUUGAUUCUAAGAAAACAAAUAACUUUGGUAGUACCCAUGAUAAUCCGUCAGUAGGAGUUGAUCGUGGAGAGAUGGGUAGAAUUGGUGAUGGUGGUGGUACUAGAUCAAAGUCGAAGUUAGCAAGUUGUAUUACACGAUCAAAGUCUAACACAAAACAUCAUACUAAUAGUGAUGAUAAUGCUAACCAAGUGAUUAUUGAAAGUGGAGGGAUGAAAUUGCCAACUGUUGGAUCAGCGAGUGUUUUUGACCUAUCAAUGAAUCAGACAGCUAAUUUGUCUGUACUUCCACCGACUUUGAACGAUUUACGUCUGAAACAAAAGGAACAGCAGCGAGGACGACAACAACAACAACAAGCAGAAGAAGAAGAAGAGCCAGUGAGGAAGUUUGGUGUAGAAGUCGAAAAAGUCGAUAUUGAUAUGACAAGAAGAACUACAAAACAUGGAGUUGUUAAAGACAUAGAGCAAAAUAUCGUGUUGAAUCUCGUUGGAGAUAAUGAAAAUAGGAGAAACAAUGGUAUAGAUGAUAUAGACCAGCGACGUCUAUCUGUUGUAUUAGAUCGAAUAAGAGAAGAAAAACUCAAAGAAAAUACGGCAAUCCCACCGACAUCCAGAACGAUAGGGAGAAUAAGCAGUGGAGACGGGAACACAGAUCACCCAGUCAGUCAAUCAGUUAAUCAAUUAGUGAAUGCAAAACACAAGCGUAGAUUGGCCAAUAGCAUUAGAACAGGUGAAAUUGAAAAGAACACCUCAUGA